AUGGGUGGGUUUCGACUAUGUUGUCUUGGGCCAUUGGCUGCGCACGCCAUAUCUCCUGGAGCUCCCUGUGAAUGCGAGGAGACAGUCCUGGAUCGUGAGGGCCUCGCUUUCGCAAUAUCUCGCGGUUUGUUACCUCCAGAACCUCCUAUCACCGAACAGGAGAUUCUUGACCAGGCCAAGGCUGGGACCUUCGCGAAAGUUCUCGCCCUUUGGCAGAUUGUUUGGUUCCUGGUCAGUGUUGUCACCAGGCUUGUCCGCCAGCUGCCUGUCGCCCAACUUCCAGUUGGGGUAGCAGGUUUUGCGAUGCUUGCCAUAGCGACACUGUCCCUUUACUUCAAGAAGCCCAAAGGAGUCAAGAUUGGCACCAGAAUCUAUUUCCACCUCCAACCACAGCCCGUCAUUCAGUUGCCACGGACUCAAAAUGACGCUGAUGUUGGAAGGGACUCACCAAAUCCCCUUUUCUUGUCCAAUAUUCACACCGACAAUCAGAACGAAAGGGAACCCAGCUCCGUACUGGCACAAAACUUACGAGCCAAAACCUCUUAUUUUACUUCACGCAGCCGAUCCAUUCGAGCAGAGCUAAUGUCCCAUAUAUCCCUGUCUCACGAUGACGAGCCUGCUGCAGAAACCCUGGCGGAUUCCAUGUUCGUCGGAGCAUUGCUGGCGCUGCCAUUCGGGGCCGUCCAUGCGGCGGCCUGGAAUGCAAUAUUUCCAACAGGGGCUGAUCAAUAG